AUGUCGAACGUGAUUGUUCCGCCCGCUUCCCAGGCACACCAAACCGAUUCUUCCGCCGCUACCGCUGGUCAUGCGAAGGUGGUCCACGUGAUCAAUGGCGAGCAUUAUUCCGGGGCCGAACGUGUGCAAGAUCUGCUCGGCAAGUGCCUGCCUCAUUAUGGCUACGAUGCCAGUUUCGUUUGUGUGAAGCCUGGCAAAUUCGCCGAGGCUCGAGCGGAUGGAAAGAGUCCGAUUUUCGAUCUACCGAUGCGUCAUCGCUUUGACUUGUGGCAAGCGAAGAAACUUGCCGACCUGGUCAAACAGGAACAGUUCGAGGUGAUUCAUGCCCAUACGCCACGGACCGCAAUGCUGGCGAUGGGGGCUUCCUAUAUCACCGGCGUUCCGCUGGUGUAUCACGUGCAUAGUCCCACCGCGCGCGAUUCGACACGCAAGUGGCAGAACUGGAUGAAUCAAAAGAUCGAGCAAACUUCGAUCGCCAAAGCAACUCAGCUGGUUUGCGUUUCGCACAGUCUCGCAGGCCACAUGCGAACGCUCGGCGUGGGUGAAGACCGGAUUUCCGUCGUUCACAACGGC